AUGUCAGAGCUAAGGAAUCAACAGUCUGCCUAUUCUUAUCCUUCACCAGCUCAAACAAUUACAAAGGCAGACAUAACCCUUCGUGAAAUAUUGGAUACAUAUCGUGAAGACAACGAUUUGCUAAAACUAAUUUUAGCAACAAAGACUGAAGAGGACAAGGCAAAAGGGCUGAAGAAGAAAAGUGUAAAACAGAAAAGUUUAAGUUGCAAUGUAAACAACAAUACAAGUCAAAAACCUUCACUCACGCUUUCUAUUCCUUCAUUUCCAAUCAUAUCUUCAUCCCCAACUGUUAUGCAUAGCCAUCAUUCAUUUUCAAAUCCUAAUAGUAGUGUAGAACACCCUCAUUCAGCAUCUUCUCUAACCCACCGUCAUAGUUUUUAUUCACAAAGUCCAACUAGCGCAGUUGGUAGUAAACGCACAAGACCUUCUGAAAACGAGGUUGAUCAUGAGUAUGUCAUGGAGGCUAUAAGAGCUAAAGUUCAAAGAAACCAAGAACAUCCUGCAAAAAAAUUCAUGAAUGUAUUAAAACCUAGAAGUGCUAGUAUGCCUGUGCCUCCGAUAAAUAAUAAUUCACCAACAACAUCAUCAUCUCAUCAUUCAACACAACAAAAUACACAAACAUCAUCUCCUGUUGAUCCCUCGCAAUCUCAUUCGCCUAUUCCCCCUCCACAAUUACCACCAAUUAAUGUUCAUUCACCUGGUUUAAAUCAAGAUUCAAAAGCAUAA